AUGACAUUCACUGGACAUCUAUCAGCACACUACGUAAUUGGAACCACUGCCGCUUUCUCACAUGUCACACCUUUACUUCAACUCGCAUUAUCUUUACUUGAACUCACACCAGACUUGUGUAUCUCUUUCAUCGUUCAUGCGAACAACAUAGAGACAUGUCAUAAAGUUUUCUCUCAGUCGGACCAGUAUGAAGAAGUCACAAAGCCCAGAUUAAGAUUGUAUACAGUCGGUGAUGCGGGUCUUGAGUUGAAGAAAGUAGGAGAGGCAUUUAUGGAGAUGGUUUACAAAAGCGGAGAGCAGUAUGGGACUAUCUUAGGGUCUUGCUCUCAUUUUGGCUGGCCAUUUCCAACGAUGUUCAUCUUCGACUUGACCUCAUUUUUCUACCCUCAAAUCAAGAGUGCAGUAGAAGCUCAAAUCCCAAAUUGUCCUCCUGUAAGGCUCGUAGGAUAUUGGCCUUUACCCGUUGCUGAUCUACUCUUCCUCGCUGGGGACGUAACAAAUGGCUCUAUCCGAUGGCUCGGAGAGGAAUUCGAUACUCUGUCCACGGCCCAAGGGGUAGAUUUGAAAAUUGGUUUGACCCUCGACAAGACUGUCACCGAGUCUGGUAAAAUUGUAAAUGUAUCAGGCUGUAAUCCAUGCUCCCUAUAUGAACGCUGGGCGUUCGAUAUCAACUGGAAAGACCCUACACUAUCAUACGGCUGGUUUGCUUACCUCAACGGUGUCCAAGCUGCUUGCAGUGAGGUAUCAGCCAUGAUCGGUUGUUUCCCCUCUUCAGUGGUCGAAGCCGAAACGCUCAAAGCGGUCCAGACGGAUGGUCAACUCACCAAGUUGGCCGAGCCGUUCAUCGAGAUGGGGUACUUUCCUAAACCUGCCUCAGACCAGAUCGAGAUGCGCGUGCGAGAAUUCUUAGAUAGGCACGCCGAGAGACAAGUGACAUUGCUCAGCUUUGGCACUGUGGUAGAAGCCGGUCCCGGAAUAUCCACGUUAUUUGACUUCCUUGUGGACAAUGACUUGCCGUUUGUUUAUGCUUGCGGGGGACAAAAGGAAGUUUUACCCGCACAUGUACGGGAAGUGCUGGCUAAGGGCGAAAAGGAGGGGAAAUGUAUCGCCCCGGAUUGGGUCAACCAGACUGCCAUUCUCGGGCAUAAGUCUAUCAAAUGUUUCCUCUCUCAUUGCGGUGCCAACUCUUUCUGCGAGGCUGUGAUGGCUUCAGUGCCCAUCUUGGCUUGGCCGAUCAAAUGGGAUCAAAUCCUCCUCGGCUCUUUAGUUCACAAACAUUCCAUCGGUGUAGAGCUCUUACAACAUCGUCGUGGGGCAAACGUAGGGCAAGAAACCGCUCAUCGCAAGAUCGUAGUCGAGGGAACAUCAGAAGCUCUUCAUUCGGAACUUGUUGAAGCUUUCGAUCUCAUCGAGAAAGAAGGAGAGGAAAUGAGGGAGAGGGCAAGGAAAUUAGGAGAUAAAAUCCGUGCAAAGAGAGAGGGAGAAUGGAAUGAGAACGUAAAGAAAUUCGGUAUGUGGGGUAGGUCAGAGGACUUUUAG